UAUUGAUUUGUGCUUCCUGCACUGUGUCGUGUGGGAGUGAAUCUGGUCUGACGGGUUUUAGUCUUGUUCCCAGGGACUUGCUGAGUUUCCAGAUCUCUCCGCUGUGUGUUUGUAAGCUGUUGUCAUAUGAUCUGCUGUAUCAGGAUUACUCCAUUAUCUCCUCUGUAAGCUCAUCUUCAUGAACACAAGAGCAGGUGUGUGAGACUGUCCCUUCAGAAACCAUGACCUACCGUCAGUGUUGAGAAAGAGAAGUGUCGGGUUCAGUAAGGUAGAGGUGUUCAGCUGUUAAAGUGGCGAGAGACAUGAGAACUGAACAUGGACUCUGUCUGAAGCGACUCUUUCUAUUGGACUCAAUCCUGACGAUCUAACAGAUGCGUGAUGCUGUGCUUUCUGCUCCUGACGAUCCACUGGAUGACCGUCACUGUAGCGCUACAGUCGUCCAGGGAAGAUGACAAAAGGCCGUAUAUUUACCGCUGCCGCUCGCCCAACAUGGAGAUCUUCACCUGCUGGUGGCGUCCGAUCGCUAAUCAGGACAACGUCACCUACACGCUCCUGUACACCACGGGUGAGCGCACUCCUCGUGAGUGUCCUGAUUACGUGAGCGGUGGCAUCAACAGCUGCUUCUUCGAUGCCAAACACACUCAGGUCUGGGAGAUGUACUGCAUGAACGUGACGGCACACACGCACACGGGGCCCAUCACCUCUCAGAAACAUUGCCUGGACGUGGUCGAUAUAGUGGAGACCGACCCACCCUCUAACCUGACGUACGUCAUGCUGAACGAGAGCAUCGGUGAAGUCGGCCGCAGUGUUUUAGUGUCCUGGUUGCAUCCGGUGAAGUCUCUAGUGCAUGAGGAACUGAUCAUGCUGGUCUACGAGCUGCGCUACAGAAACCUCGCUCAGCCAGACAACUGGAGGGUACAGGCACGUUUGCGCGAGCCUCAUGUGGAGUUUUUGGAUCUGCCGGUGGGAAUGUAUGAGUUCAGUGUGCGCUGCCGCUUCCACCAGCAAACAAAACACUGGAGUGUAUGGAGUGAGUCCAUCUUCAUCACCAUCAGCGGCAGUGCUCUGUCCGAUCGGAUGUUGGCCUUGAUCCUUGUGACCGGCAUCGCCAUCAUGAUCUUUGUCUUCAUCAGUUUGGGAAACAUCCCACGAGGCAAGGGCAGGAUUAAAUCGUUCCUCCUGCCAGCGAUUCCCAAACCGUGCAUCCCAGGGCUUGAAUCUGCUCUGCUGAAGAAGGGGAAGAUUGACGAGAUCGAUCAGCAUUUCUCCAGUUUUCACAGCUAUAAGUCGCCCCAGUACUGCACGGAGACGUGGUACCAGGUAAGCGUGGACACAGGUCCGGCUGUGACACCCAGCAGCAUCCAGUCUGACGGUAUACAGGAGGAUGUGCUGAUCACGCUAAUCACACCGAUUGUGCCGAUCAGGCCAAUUACGCAGUACGUCACCUGCCCCGACGGACAACAGUCUGUUCAGACCAGCUGCACUCCUAUGCCUUACGUCCGCGGCCCCGCCCCCUACUUUAAGGAAGACAUGCCCCCUCCAGAACCUUGCCCCGCCCACCCGGAGCUUGUGUCUGUCCCAGGAAUGGACUACAGCAUGAUUCUAAACCCCGCCCCCAACUGUGAGGAAAGACACGCCCCCCUCCAGACCCUGGCCCCGUCCAACCGGAGCUCCUGUCUGUCCCAGGCAUGGACUACAGAAUGA